UAUAUAGCUUACACAUCUCAUCAUUACAACAACAAUAUAUAUAUGGCUUCGAUAACUACUUGGAAGCUGCUUCUGGCUGCAAUGGCAGUGCUAGGCUUCUGGGCUUCUCUAGCCGCAGCAAGAACAGCACCUGAUGCAUCGAUGAUCGAGAGGCAUGAGAAAUGGAUGGUGGAGAACGGCCGUGUUUACAAAGAUGAUGCUGCGAAGGCCAUGAGAUUCAACAUUUUCAAGGAGAAUGUGGAUUAUAUCGAGUCGUUUAAUGAAGCUGCUGCUCGCCCUUACAAGCUCGCUGUCAACAAAUUUGCUGAUUUGAGGAAUGAUGAAUUUAAGGCGUCUAGAAAUGGAUACAGGAUGGGAUCCCUUCCUAAGUCGUCGUCGUCUAAGGUUUCGUCGUUUAGGUAUGAAAAUGUGAGUGCAGCUCCGGCUAGCAUCGACUGGAGGAAGAAGGGCGCUGUUACUGCUGUUAAGGAUCAAGGCCAAUGUGGAUGUUGCUGGGCAUUUUCAGCAGUUGCAGCGACGGAAGGAAUUAAUCAGCUGACAACAGGCAAACUUGUUUCUUUAUCUGAACAACAACUUGUGGAUUGUGACACAACUCAAGAUCAGGGCUGCAAUGGUGGCCUUAUGGAUGAUGCCUUUCAGUAUAUUAUUAGCAACAAAGGCCUCACAACUGAAUCCAACUACCCCUACCAAGGAGUUGAUGGCACCUGCAACUCCAAGAAAGAAUCAUCUGACGCUGCCAAGAUCACAGGGUACGAGGAUGUCCCAGCCAACAGCGAAUCCGCACUGCUUAAAGCAGUGGUGAAUCAACCAGUAUCUGUGGCCAUUGAUGCAAGUGGAUCAGACUUCCAGUUCUACUCGAGUGGAGUAUUCACUGGAGAGUGUGGGACCGAACUAGACCAUGGCGUGACUGCAGUUGGGUAUGGGGCUACCAGUGAUGGAACCAAGUAUUGGCUGGUGAAGAACUCGUGGGGAACAAGCUGGGGAGAUGAGGGAUAUAUCAUGAUGCAGAGGGAUAUUGGUGCAGCAGAAGGGAUCUGUGGCAUUGCCAUGGAAGCUUCUUAUCCAACUGCUUGAAACAUAGGAUGAACUUGUCCUGUUUCCAAUUGAACUACUUCAUUGUAGGCGGUCUAUCAAAAUCACAUGUGUAUAUUAUAUAUAUAUUUAUGUAUGUAUAUUCCCUAUGUUGGAAGAAUUGCUUGUAAAGAAUGGAAUGUUACCUAAGACUUUAGUGUAUGGUAUUCAAGCAGUUUACAUGUUCCUAAUU